UAGCUGCAGCCAUACCUCAAACGGCUAAAACCGGUCUCAUAACCGUCGAUAGCGGCAAAUUUCCCUCCAUAUUUUUCUCUCGAGACUUCAUUGAUCACCAUUUCUCAUCUACACAUGUCCCUCACUAAAUCUUCGAAUCCCUUCAAAGCUUUCCGUUUGGUUUCACCUAUCAACCUUCAUUCUCUUCCCCAAUUCUCCAUUUCUAGGGUUUCCCGUUCUCUGCUCAAUUUCUCUUUUUAUCGUUCCUCUUUCCGGCAAGGAGGCGUGAUCUUUAUCAAAAAUGAAGAAAAAAGAGAAGGAAGAGGAGAGGGUUGAAAGGAUCAUUCGUGGUCUUCUCAAACUUCCUGAAAAUAGAAGAUGUAUUAACUGCAAUAGUUUGGGACCACAAUAUGUUUGCACCACUUUCUUGACAUUUGUUUGCACAAAUUGCAGCGGAGUACACCGGGAAUUCACACAUCGAGUCAAAUCAGUGUCAAUGGCUAAAUUUAAAGCAGAGGAAGUUAGUGCACUUCAAGCCGGAGGGAAUGAUAGAGCCAGACAAAUAUAUUUUAAAGAUUGGGAUCCUCAGCGGGAUUCCUAUCCUGAUGGCAGUAAUCUUCAUAAGCUUCGAGAUUUUAUCAAGCACGUUUAUGUGGCUAGAAAAUAUUCUGGAGAGAGAAGUACUGAAAGAGUCCCGAGGCUGAGAUUGAAUGACAAGGAGGAAUCCUACGAGAGCAGGAAGAUUGGUUUAUAUUAUUCUCGAUCAAAAAGCCCUAAUUAUAGGGAUAAAUAUGAACGGAGUGCACGAUCUCGUCCUGGUGGAAGAAGUGAUGACAGAAGUUUAAAAUAUUAUUAUGAUGAAAGAAGAAGUCCUUGUUAUGGCGAAGAAAAUUCAAGAAGUGGAGGCUUCAAGAAGAUUCCUGUCGGCUUUGAAAUUGUCGAUGACAGGAUUCGAGAUGAAAAACCUCGAAGUGGAAAGCUACCUGAUAACCAUAGGUUUCCACACAGAGAAUCCAGGUAUGGAAGCUUGUCACCUGACUAUCAAAAGAACAUGGAUCGGUCCAGCUCCCCAGUAGUACGGCCUUUUAAAGAUAUUACAGGGGAUAAUGCUCCAACUCUUCAUGUUGGUGAACGUUCUAAAGCAACCGACAGAAAAGAUGCUGAUAGCGCUGCUCAAAAUCAGAUGAUUAAAUCUUCUGGCAGCAAGGGAUCUAUUGAUGGGAUGGCAGUGGAAGAUAAAAGUCAGAAUUUGAUUGAUUUUGAUACUGAUUGCACGCCUUCCAAUGCCGUGGCAGCACCACAAAAAGAGGAAAAUCAGCAAUCAAGUGAUGGAUGCAACUGCAAUUCUAAAGAGUCUUCUGCAAAGCAGUAUGCACCACCAGGUCCAAAACCAAAUACGUUGGAGUUUUUGCUAUUAGAGUUGUCAGUUCCGUCUGUUGAACCUGCUGCUAGUGUAUCUGAAGAAUCAAACAAUGACAGUUCUCCAUCAACUACAUCUGGAGGCGAUAUGCUCACAAGUGGUGGUGUUUUGAUGUUAACUUUCCCAGACAAUACUGGGGCUUCUAAAAAUGAACCUGGAGGCACUGUGCCAAUGGGUGGUGUUUCAUCAGCUGCGCCUCCUGGGCAGUUGCUCGCGCUAACCAGUAGUUCUGAUGUUUCUGCAACUGCAUCUGGAGACAGUGCACCUGAUGCUGUGCAUGUGGAGCAAACAUUAUCACUACUUGAUACUUUUGAUUCUAGAGCAUCAGCCACUAGUUUGCCUUUGCAACCAUCUAAUGGAGGUCCAUCACAAGCUGUACCUGAUAUUCAUGGUGAUUCCACUUUUAAGAUGCCAAAUGGGCUGCAGGUCUCCAAUGUGCAGCAACAUCAGCUUUCCGCAAUUCCUGCUGCAGAUGGUAGACCUAGUGGACAACAGACUAGUAUUAUUACAACAGUUGGAGGUCUAAAUAACCAGCCGCAGACUUCAAUGCAUUUGCCUAAUGUUCAAGGUCCUAGUGCUGCUGCUCAACAUUCUUCCCAGGAUGUCACAAACAUAAUCCAAGACUGCACAUCUGGACUUAAAUCUCAGUAUGUCCCACUGGAAACAAAGUCUAUUGGAAGAAAGGAACUUCCAAUGAACCUUUUCACAGCAAGUUAUUCACCAGUACCUGGAUCAAUUCCUGGUUGGCAAAAUGCUCUACCUUAUGGCACAGGAUACAACAUGCAAUAUUAUCCAAACCCAGUGCCUGCACGACAGUACCCUAACCAAGCAAUAUCAAGCAACCCGUUUGAUCUUGACAAUGAAACCACUUCAUUACAAGUUUCACCAUUUGCAGGACUUACUAACACGUCCAAUACCGGUGCUUUAGUGCCUACUUACAGCAUUGACACAAACUCUUCUGGGUUCAUGGCAUCUCAAGCACCAGCUUAUGCAUCUGUAACGCCUUUGUGGUCUUCUUCCUUCAGAUCAGCCACUUCUUCUGGUGCAUACAUGGGACAACAACUACUCCAUAUGAACACACCAUCUUCUAGCAGGCCACAAGGAGAUGCCAAUGGCUUUGGUAGCGAAGACCCUUUUAGCUCACUAAACAUCAUUCAGCAAUCUACUAGUGCAUUUCCAUUACCCUCUGCUCGAAGUUCGCUUCCUUCUAUGGGAGGAAACCCUUUUGUAUAAAAACAAAAAGGAAAAGGAAUGUGUGUGUAUAUAUAUAUAUAUA